AUGACACGGCGGGUCAUAAACAAACAAAAAGAAACUACAGUCGCGUCUCUCGAAGUCGAAGCAUGGCCGCUCAAGAAACGUAUUUUGGCCAAGAUCAAGAAUGAACAAUUAGCCAAUGAAGCUCGCAAGAAGCCGGAAGAUGACCCUUUACCUACAAAAGAACGGCUUUUUGAAUGUACCUUGUGCCAUCGCAUGUUCAAUAGACGCUACAAUCUGAAAACUCAUGUCCGUACUCACGAUAAGACACGUCAAAAGAAGUAUGCUUGUGACCAGUGUGAUCGAGCGUUCGAUCGCAAACAUGAUCGGGAUCGUCAUAUUGCUUCUCAACACCAAGGAGUGCGUGCCUUUGCUUGUGACUACUGCAAGGCUACCUUUACGCGGCGGGAUGCUCUGGGUCGCCACAUUCAGUGCCACGGUAUUGAGGCUUUGUCAAAGAAGAAAAAGAACCAUUCGUCAGCUAGAGCGAAAGAAUCGGAGCAGUCAAAAGCCACGUCCGCAACAAACACCGCCACAGGGGAUGACCAAACAGACGAUAGUCAUAGACAAGCACCAGCAUCAUCGUCACGGGAAAAGUAG